AAGUCAAACAUACGAUACGAGUUUCUUUCUUUCUUUCUUCAACCGUCGCCCGUCAGGUGGAAGGGAAACAAAUAUACCUUUUGAAGAUAGAAAAGAAAAAAAAGAAGAGAUAUUUUGAAAAUUUAACGAAAACACAAAACGCGUCUUCUUCUUCUUCUUCUUCUUCUUCUUCUUCUUCUUCUUCUUCUUCUUCGCUCCUCUUUUCAAGUUCUUAUAACACACAGUCAUCGCACCAAAUCAGAUUUAUUUCGUCUGCGUCGUCUCUUCUUUUUUUUAACUCCUAAUAAUAAGUUUCGAUCCACAUUCCUUUUUUUUUUUUUUUAAUUUGAAUCCCAAGUCUGAAGUCUCUCUCUCUCUCUCUCUCUCUCUCCCUAUCUCUACUGGUCUAUCAUUUGGAGAAGCUUAAUCGUGAGAUCUUCACUUUCCCGAUGACAAUUGGAUCGUUUUUCUCUUCUCUCAAGUUCUGGGGCACUUCUCAGCAGGAGCCACAGAGAGGGAGGAUGCAAGAGAUUGAUCUUGGUGUUCACACUAUCAAGAGCCAUGGAGGGCGUGUCGCCUCUAAACACAAGCACGAUUGGAUCAUACUCGUCAUCUUGAUUGCCAUCGAGAUCGGCCUCAACCUCAUCUCUCCUUUCUACCGUUACGUCGGAAAGGACAUGAUGACUGACCUCAAGUACCCUUUCAAGGACAACACCGUCCCCGUCUGGUCUGUCCCCGUCUACGCCGUGCUUCUUCCCAUCCUAGUCUUCGUCUGCUUCUACCUGAAAAGGACAUGUGUGUACGAUCUGCACCACAGCAUCCUCGGUCUGCUCUUCUCUGUUCUGAUUACUGGUGUCAUCACCGACUCCAUCAAGGUCGCCACCGGACGCCCUCGUCCUAACUUCUACUGGCGCUGCUUCCCCGACGGCAAAGAGCUGUAUGAUGCCUUGGGUGGUGUGAUCUGCCACGGCAAAUCAGGUGAGGUCAAGGAAGGCCACAAGAGCUUCCCGAGCGGACACACCUCCUGGUCCUUUGCGGGGCUCACCUUCCUCUCCCUCUACCUCUCUGGCAAAAUCAAGGCCUUCAACGGAGAAGGACACGUGGCUAAGCUCUGCCUCGUGAUCUUCCCUCUGCUCGCCGCUUGCCUUGUUGGGAUAUCUCGUGUGGAUGACUACUGGCACCACUGGCAAGACGUCUUCGCCGGAGCUCUCAUCGGAUCCCUUGUAGCCGCCUUCUGCUACCGUCAGUUCUACCCUAACCCUUACCAUGAAGAAGGAUGGGGUCCCUACGCAUAUUUCAAGGCAGCUCAAGAACGAGGAGUCCCUAUGACCUCCCAAAACGGAGAUGCCUUGAGGACAAUGUCUCUGCAGAUGGAUUCAACUUCUCUAGAAAACAUGGAAUCUGGCACUUCAACUGCUCCCAGAUGAUGAUCCUUCUUCUAUUCCAUUAUUUGAUUCAUUAUUUGGUUUUUUCAUUUUGGUUGUUUGUGAGAUUGUGGAUGGUACGGUAUAGCUACGUUUACGUAUGUAUGUAUGUAUGUGUAUUCAACCCUCUACUUAAAACCCUUGCAUUUGUAAAUGUACUCUCUCAUUUUUGGCUUUUCGACCU